AUGCUGCGGUUUUUACUCCAGAAAUCUAGUCCAGAAGUGCAUGAAGAUGUAGUAGCAGAUUAUCUGGACUAUCGGCAGACAGUUCGUCACGGUUUCCCUGCGCGUGUUUCAUGUUUCGCUUACGAUGACAUCCUCAGUUUAUUAGCCAUUGGGAACUUGGAUGGAGACAUUAAUAUAUAUGGAGGAAACGGCUUUAUCUGGAGCGCCGAAAUUCCUGGCAAAAAAGGGAUGGCUAAAAGCGCAGCUCACAUGUAUUUCGCUUGUGGUCUUGGUGUGCUGAUUGUUUUAUGCCGAGAUUCCACUUUUGUCCGAUUUUCAUUAGAAGGUAGUUCUUACUAA